GCUGCAUGCGGAGGCCAGCAGCUCGAGAGCGAUGUCAUCUCUACUUUCUCACAACAAAGAUCAGCCUCGCAUCAGAAAGUCGCUCUCGGACUCCUCUCCAACUUCGGUGGACGGCACCAGCAAGAGCCUGAGGCAAGAGAGACUGUCCAGAUUGAGCUCGUCUGGAUCCUCUGAAGUCUUCAACGACACAUCAACAAACCACGCCGAGUCCUACUUCUUACGGCGAGAGAACAGAUUGUCUGCAAGGAAAAGGGCCGAAGAAGAGUCAGCAAACAAUGACUAUAAAAAGAUGUAUGAAAAGGCACUGGCCACCAAUCAGAGGCUCAAGUCCAGGCUGGAAACAAGUAAACAGGAGCUGGCCAUGAUUCAAGACCAGCUGCAGAGAGCACAGAGGGGAGGAGCGGGAGAUUGUGGCUCCAACAUGCUUGAGACAGAAAAAAAGGAAAGUUGGAGUCUAAAAAAGAAGAUAUCAGAUAUGGAAGAACAGUUGAAGGUAAAAGCAGAGCUGAAGAUGGAGAACCAGAGACUGAAGGACGAGAAUGGAGCUUUAAUCCGGGUCAUCACUAAACUGUCCAAAUGAAACAGGAAGCAGGAAGGAUGAGAAGAAGAGGGGCAGAUACCAGAAGUCACAUCUACUGUAUACCUUCUGCUUACAUCCCCCGCCCCCCCCCCAUCCUCAGACAGAAUGUAUGUACAUAGUUUUCCAGUUAUGUUGGAAACGAGAGUCCUUCGUCUGUUGAGUGACUAACACUCGCUUUGACAGACAUUUCUCCUCAGCUGUGAAAGCUUCAUGUUACCGUACUGUAUGUUAAGUAGUAGCACAUUCCCAGACAGAAAUUAAAUUAAAACUCAUUUUGUAUAUUCAUAAAAUAUUUCUACAUAAAGGCAAAUGCCAACAAGA